UCAACAAAGAGAAUCCAAGAUCACAUCACUCUCCAAAGUGAGCUCUCCAGACUUUGUUUUAAAUUUCCUGAGCUUGACAGAGGACCACCUGCUACCCACUCUGGGAAGGCAGAGGAGGAAAGUCGAAUAACCCCCAAAUACCUUUCUGUUCCCUGAAUCUGCCCAGUCAAAGGGACGUGGGGAGGAGCCUCACCAUGUUUGUGACUUCAGCGGUUCCUCAGGCAUUUUCCACGCCAGGCUGGCAGAUUGAGAAGAAGUACUCAACGAGAGUGCUCGUGGGAAACUGGGUGGAAGAAAGCAGGAAGUUCACCAAAGCCACUGACCACACACCCCAGUGCAUUUACAGAAAGGAAUAUGUCCCCUUCCCAGGUCACAGGCCAGACCAUAUUUCCAGGUGGUAUGGGAAAAGGAGAGUGGAGGGUCUCCCAUACAAGCAUCUGAUCCCUCACCACCAAGAGCCUUCGCAUCGUUAUCUGAUCAGCACCUAUGAUGACCACUACAACCGUCACGGCUAUAACCCGGGCGUGCCUGCCCUGCGUUCCUGGAAUGGACAAAAGUUGCUGUGGCUGCCAGAGAAGUCCGACUUUCCCCUUGUUGCGCCUCCCACAAACUACGGACUGUUUGAGCGACUGAAGCAAAAGUGGCUCGCGCCCAAGACUGGUCUGAGGGAAAGCAUUUAUACCACAUCCUACCCCAGUCUGCCAGUGUGCGCUAUGUCCAGGAGGGAGCAUGCCAUCCCGGUCCCUCCCCCUCGGCUGCACCCCAUCCCACGCUUCUGAGAACUACCACUCCACUUGCAAUCCAGCCAGAGACAGCCGGAGACCCACGGCCUCGUUGGACUUGUCAGACAGCAAGCAUCUGCAGAUGUAGCCCAAGAAUUAAUUAUGGACCAUUGUUGUGUGUGUGUGUGUGUGGGGGGGUGUCCUGGAAUCAUGAUCUGUGUUUUAUAGGACCUUCUCUCUAAACUCAUAGAUUGUUGUUGUUUCCAUCCGAUAAUUAAAA